AGGCAUUAGAUUAUUGCCACCCAGAACUGCAGCGCAAACCACUCUGUCCGCAACAUGACCGCUCUAGGACGGGCGGGUUGAAGCUAUUACGUCCGCAUCACAGCGCCCUCAAACGCAUUCAGCAUUCGAUCAGCGGGCCACCUCACAGAAUCGAGCGAGACAACGAAACAAUGGCAUCGGCAGGGCUGCUGCAGACCAGCCUGAUCUGGGUCUCGUACGGCGUGGCCGUCGCCCUUGUUCUCUUCGUCGCCAUCAUCACCACCAUCACCUGGCAGACUCCGCAUGAGCGGUCGAUUGCCGUCACCGCCGUCUCAAUUUUCAGCCUUACCGCCCUACUCGCCACCGUCCUCCUGCUCCCCGUUGACAUCGCGCUCGUCUCAUCCACUGCGUCAGCGCACCUCGGCGCAAAGAAGGAUUGGGCCACGCCGGCCCGCGUCGAGGGCAUUCUCCAGACUCUGAAGAUAGUGUACUACACGCUCUACACCCUCGAUGCGCUGCUGUGCCUGAUUGUCCUACCGUUUACCUAUUUCUGGUACGAGGAAUACGAUGAGGUGGAGGAAGAGGAGGACAGAACCAGCAGCCGUGGGGCCCGCCUCUGGCGAGCCUUGAAGUACACUCUUGGCUUCGUGUUCCUGGUAGUGGUUCUCUUCCUCAUCGGAUUCUUUGUGCCAGCAGCCGGAAAGGCGUCCUCCGGAAGACAUCUGGACCUCGACUACUUCAAGCGCUUGCUGGUGGCGAACAACGGGGAGAAGGCGCUUACCUUUGGGGUGGGUCUGCUCAUGACCCUCGGCACCUUGUUGUACGUCCUGUAUACGGGUUCUGGUCUAGCUUUGCUCCCGGUCUCCUUCAUCAAGUCGGCCCCGUCCAUCUCGGCGCCGCAGCUCUCGGCCACGACCGCCUCGGCCUUGGAGCGCAACCGCGAGCUUCAGAGGCAGUUGGAGAUGCGCAACGCCGGCCGUCCGGAAGGCAUGUCUCAGAAGGACAGGAGAGAAUUGGACGCGCUCCUACGCGAGGAGCGGACCCUCGUGCGCCGCGAGAGAUUGGCAGCCGAAGCGCGCGGAGAGGGCCGCGGCAGAAUCUACCGCGUCUGGACCAAGCUCGAGGCGGUGUUUCGGCCCCUUAAGCUCCUCGGCGGGCUCUUUCUCCUUCUCCUAGCCAUCCUCGUUUGGGUAUCGAUGCUCAUUACCGGCAUCGACAAGGCCGCCAACUCGCUCUGCAAGCAACACUGCGGAUACAUCCUGGGGCACCUCAACGUCUUCCAGCCCAUCAACUGGAUAUUUGUGCAGUCGGCCAAGGCUUUCCCGGUGGACUACAUCCUCAUGGCGCUCCUCGUGCUGGUCUUCUUCAGCAGUUCCAUCACGGGCCUCGCCUCGAUCGGCAUCCGCUUCCUGUGGGUGCGCGUCUUUCAGAUCAAGAAGGGCCGCACCCCGCCGCAGGCCCUGCUCAUUGCGACCGUGCUGCUGGCGCUCAUAAUCCUCGCCAUCAACUACGCCGUCGCCAUGCUCGUCGCCCCUCAGUACGCAAUCUACGGCACCCAGACCUUCUGCGUCAACCCCCCGCGCCACCCGGGCGAGCAGCCCGACUGCCGCGAACACCACGACAUGGUCCGCCCCUGCUCUGAGGCGUUUAGCGAGCCUGCCGCCAAAGACGUGUGUACGCCCACCGUCAUGUCGACUUUCCUCAACCGCGUCACAAUCAACUGGCCCGUGUUUGGUGCCGUCGACUUCUGGGCGCAGUUUGCUUUUUUUGCUGUGUUCUUGAUUGUCUUCCUUACCAGCCUGUUCCGCGCGCCGCGGCUCAAUCUCAGCGAGCUUGAUGAGGAGGCCGAGGCGGACGAGGAGGAGGGUCUCCUGGCGAGCACGGGGCGGAGGUUCGGUGCUACUUGGGGUGACAUCACCGGACGGCCAACCAUGGCGACCGGUGGUCAGGGCCGAGCCCAGGGUCAGGAGGGUUAUGGGACUGCGGCGGGCCGGGACGGGAGUGGCUCCGGUCCGGUGGCUUGAGGUGGAUGAAGGGA